UUUAAAUCGCCAUUUGUGAAUAAAUCAUUACAGUCACAAAAGAAAUAUUUUGGGGUCCUUACAUUUUCAUAUCUUUAACCAAACAUUUGCAAUGAAAUUACAAAAGUUAAAGAGAAGAGUGGGUAACUGGUUCAUUUUCAGAAACAAAGUACAAUUGACAUUAGUAUGUGUGUUUUUAUUUUGGUGUGAGACAGGAACAACAGCGGUGACGUUUGAUGACAGUCUCGCCGCCCCAACGGUGCAUUCUGGGUCCAACCCAAGAUGGCUGCGCCCUUGCAGAAGUGCUGAAGAAGUGCCUCUCCGGAGAAAUUCUCGGGAUUGUGUGUGAUUUCCGCGAAAACCAUCGCACCAAAUCAGCUACCAGCUCGCUGGUUUGUAGAAGAAGACCACACGACCCCAGUCAUCGAUAAGUGUGGCCGGUGCUUCGUGUGGCUGUGGCAGACUGUCCGUGUGAAGAUGGGCCUCGUCUCCAGCCCCUUCCCAUAGCGAAGAGCCGUGGGGAGAGGAGCCGCAGAUUCCCUUGCAAACACGCACCAGUCCAACUUGGAUUUGACGGGUUUGACAUACUAUACAGGCUGUGGACGCUGCCCUACAAUUUUCUGACCAGGAUUGUUUGUGCGACCGUAUCUGUCAUCGUCCGGAGACGGAGAGGUUCCUCAGCCCGGGUUGAUAAUCCCACCGCACCAAGGGCCCUGAUGAAAAUGGACUCAGAUUUGCUUCACUCACCGGUCGUUGGCCUCGCAGAGGAAGAGGAGGCCGACAUGAAUGACUGGAAACUUCCACUGGCCUUCAUGAAGAAACGACACUCGGAGAAGAUUGAGGGCUCCAAGGCCUUGGCGCAGAGCUGGAGGAUGAAAGACAGGAUGAAGACUGUGAGUGUAGCGCUGGUGUUGUGUCUCAACGUGGGAGUGGACCCUCCUGAUGUGGUCAAGACCUCUCCCUGCGCUAGGCUGGAGUGUUGGAUAGAUCCUCUGUCCAUGAGUCCACAGAAAGCCCUGGAGACCAUCGGGGCCAACCUGCAGAAGCAAUAUGAAAACUGGCAACCCAGAGCACGUUACAAGCAGAGUCUAGACCCCACGGUGGACGAGGUGAAGAAGCUGUGCACGUCGCUGAGGCGUAACGCCAAGGAGGAGCGCGUCCUCUUCCACUACAACGGCCAUGGGGUGCCACGGCCCACUGUCAACGGAGAGAUCUGGGUCUUUAAUAAGAACUACACCCAGUACAUCCCGCUGUCCAUCUACGACCUGCAGACGUGGAUGGGGAGCCCGUCCAUUUUUGUCUACGACUGCUCCAACGCGGGAAUCAUUGUCAAGUCGUUUAAACAGUUCGCCCUGCAGAGAGAGCAGGAGCUGGAGGUGGCAGCCAUCAAUCCCAGCCACCCACUCGCCCAGAUGCCCCUGCCGCCCUCCAUGAAGAACUGCAUCCAGCUGGCUGCCUGCGAGGCCAGCGAGCUGCUGCCCAUGAACCCCGACCUCCCAGCCGACCUCUUCACCUCCUGCCUCACCACGCCCAUCAAGAUCGCCCUCCGAUGGUUUUGUAUGCAGAAGAGUGCCAAGUUGGUGCCAGGGGUGACGUUAGACCUCAUAGAGAAGAUCCCUGGCAGGCUCAACGACAGACGCACUCCCCUCGGAGAGCUCAACUGGAUCUUCACAGCCAUCACCGACACGAUUGCCUGGAAUGUGCUGCCUAGAGAUUUGUUCCAGAAGUUGUUUCGUCAGGACCUGCUGGUGGCCAGCUUGUUUCGCAAUUUCCUAUUAGCAGAGAGGAUAAUGAGGUCAUACAACUGUACACCGGUCAGCAGUCCCCGUCUGCCCCCUACAUACAUGCACGCCAUGUGGCAAGCAUGGGACCUGGCUGUGGACAUCUGCCUCUCUCAGCUGCCCACCAUCAUUGAGGAGGGCACCACCUUCAGACACAGUCCUUUCUUUGCGGAGCAGCUGACAGCAUUUCAGGUGUGGUUGACGAUGGGUGUGGAGAACAGAAACCCUCCUGAGCAGCUCCCAAUUGUACUGCAGGUCCUCCUUAGUCAAGUGCAUCGGCUACGGGCUCUAGAACUGCUCGGACUGUUUCUGGAUCUGGGUCCCUGGGCUGUCAGUCUGGCGCUGUCUGUGGGGAUCUUCCCCUACGUGUUAAAGCUGCUCCAGAGUUCAGCCAGAGAGCUGCGGCCUCUGCUGGUUUUCAUCUGGGCGAAAAUCCUCGCUGUGGACAGCUCAUGUCAAGCUGACCUGGUGAAAGACAACGGACACAAGUACUUCCUGUCGGUGUUGGCCGACAGUUACAUGCCAGCUGAGCAUCGAACCAUGGCUGUCUUCAUAUUGGCUGUUAUCGUCAACAGCUACAACACAGGACAGGAGGCCUGUCUGCAGGGCAAUCUAAUAGCCAACUGCCUGGAGCAGUUGUCAGACCCCCACCCCCUGCUCCGCCAGUGGGUGGCCAUUUGCCUGGGCCGCAUCUGGCAGAACUUCGACCCGGCGCGUUGGUGUGGAGUUCGGGACAGCGCCCACGAGAAGCUCUACACCCUGCUGUCAGAUCCCAUCCCCGAGGUGAGGUGUGCGGCUGUUUUUGCUCUGGGGACAUUUGUGGGAAACUCCGCUGAAAGGACGGACCACUCCACCACCAUCGACCACAAUGUGGCCAUGAUGCUGGCCCAGCUUAUCAACGAUGGCAGCCCUGUGGUCCGCAAGGAGCUGGUUGUAGCACUGAGUCACCUGGUGGUCCAAUAUGAGAGCAACUUCUGUACAGUUGCCCUCCAGUUUAUAGAAGAAGAGAAGAACUACACAGUGCCGUCACCAGCCAACACCACAGAGCCCGGUAACCUGACUCCAGUGAGGGACAGCCCGGCCAUCCCACGCUUGCGAUCGGUCAACUCCUACACCAACAUCCGAGCUGCUACCACUGCCCGCAACCUGAACAAGAGCCUGCAGAACCUCAACCUCAAUGAAGAGGGUGGACCAGCAGCCUUUUCUCCUGGUAACCUGAGCACCAGCAGCAGCGCCAGCAGCACCCUGGGGAGCCCCGACAACGAUGAGUACAUUCUCUCCUUCGAGACCAUCGACAAAAUGCGACGGGUGUCCUCCUAUUCUUCCCUCAACUCCCUCAUAGGUGUGUCCUUCAACAGUGUUUACACUCAGAUCUGGAGAGUGCUGCUACAUCUCGCUGCAGACCCUUUUCCUGAAGUGUCAGAUCUGGCCAUGAAGGUCCUCAACAGUAUAGCAUACAAGGCAACGAUGAACGCUCGGCCUCAGAGGAUCCUGGACUCUGGAUCUCUCACCCAGUCAGCCCCAGCUAGCCCCACCAGCAAGGGCACGCACAUCCACCAGGCUGGUGGAUCUCCUCCCAUGCCCAGCGCCAGCAGCUCCAGUCUGACCAACGAAGUGCCCAAACCCCCUGCCAGAGAGCAGCCGGCCACACGGCCUCCCUACACCCCCACAUUGGGAGGACAGGCACCCCACUCGCACCAGUUCCCCCGCACUCGCAAGAUGUUUGACAAGGGACCUGAGCAGGCAGCUGAGGAUGGUGACGAGCCGGGUGGUCACAGGAACUACAUCAGUCCCGCCCUCCAGACGGGCCUGUGUGAUUGGAGCGCCAAGUAUUUCGCUCAGCCUGUCAUGAAGAUCCCAGAGGAGCAUGACCUGGAGAGUCAGGUGAGGAUGGAGCGGCAGUGGAGGUUCCUGAGAAACACUCGCGUGAGAAGGCAGAGCCGAGGCAUCACACAAAGAGGUGUUUCCCGACUGGAUGAUCAAAUAUUUAUCAACCGCAACCCUGGAGUACCGUCUGUUGUGAAGUUCCACCCCUUCAACACCUGCAUCGCUGUGGCUGACAAGGACAGCAUCUGUUUCUGGGACUGGGAGAAGGGCGAGAGGCUGGACUACUUCUACAACGGAAACCCUCGUUAUACUCGCAUCACAGCCAUGGAGUACCUGAACGGACAUGACUGUUCAUUACUGCUUACUGCAACAGACGACGGAGCGUUACGUAUCUGGAAGAACUUUGCCGACCAGAAGAACCCGGAGAUGGUGACGGCGUGGCAGGGCCUUUCGGACAUGCUGCCCACCACCAGAGGUCAGCCCUCCGCCAGCACUCACAGUCUGGCCAGAAGGGUCUCCAUCUAUCUUGACAGGAGUAAGCAAGGAGGUGCAGGCAUGGUCGUUGACUGGGAGCAGGAGACGGGUCUCCUUAUGACGUCUGGAGAUGUCCGAGUCAUCAGGAUCUGGGACACUGACAGGGAGAUGAAGGUCCAGGACAUCCCAACAGGAGCAGACAGCUGUGUGACCAGCCUUUCCUGUGAUUCCCAGCGUUCGCUCAUCGUUGCCGGUCUGGGUGACGGGUCUGUGCGUGUGUUCGACAGGAGGAUGGGUCCGAAUGAAUGUCGGGUGAUGACCUACAGGGAACACGGAGCCUGGGUGGUCAAAGCUCAUCUACAGAGGGAGACGGACGGACAUAUUAUCAGCGUCAGCGUUAACGGAGAUGUUCGAUUCUUUGAGCCGCGGACACCAGACUCCAUCAACGUGCUGCAGACGGUGAAGGGGUUAACAGCCCUGGACAUCCACCCACAAGCCAACCUGUUCGCCUGUGGAUCGAUGAACCAGUUCAUAGCAGUCUACAACGCUAACGGUGAUGUGAUCAGCAACAUAAAGUACUAUGACGGCUUCAUGGGACAAAGGAUUGGGGCCAUCAGCUGCUUAGCCUUCCAUCCUUACUGGCCCCACUUGGCGGUAGGCAGCAACGACUACUACAUGUCCAUCUAUUCAGCAGAGAAGAGGCUCAGAUAACACACCAACAUUCAUCUCCCCCUCCCCAACAAAACCACCAUAUAUGACUUCUGACCCUGAGCCUCAUGCUCCGGGAUGUAAAUGACGUUUUGUUGUACAUAUGCAAUUACCACCCUGAAUGUUCAAGUGAUGGCUGCUGACAAAAACUCGUGCUACGAACGACGAUAUAUAUAUUAUUAUUAUUAUUAUUAUUCUCAUUGUUUAUUCAUAUUCUUAUUAUGAAGCUAAUGAUUGUAGACUUGGCUGUGCUGAGGAGUGUGUAUAUUUAAAUAGAGUAUCCAGAAGAAUAGAGGUUCUAUUUUAAAGAAGUGGUACCCACGAUCACUGGGGCUCCUCCUCACCGCGCAGCGAGCAUCACUACCUGAACAAACUAUAACCCCAGCGAACCGAGAAGUGACGAGGGGGGGGGGGUCGCGUCGCCCAGAGGACAACGCACACUGUUAAAACACAUUCACUGGUGCAGGAAACACAGACUCGCCCUCCGCUGGACCCCGGUGUGUUUAUACAUUCAUUUUAAUGGCCGUCUCGCAGCCUAAGGACACAGAGUUUUGCUCCUUUGCUGCCCCGCCGGCAAGACGUUUGUAAGGACGGACCCAAAGAUGGUGGACUGUGUUCAUUCUUGGCUGACACGUCGACCAGGCAGACGUGAUGAGUGUUUUGUUUGUGCGUGUGUGUGUUAAAACGGAUUAUAGCACAGAUGUGCCCCAUAAUGGGCCUUCAUAGCCUUGGACUUAAUUGAUGCCCAAAAAGAUGCUUGCUCCCAUGCUAGAACUCUGCUUCUCUCUCCCUGACCCCAGCGUGCCAAACAUAAUCAUAUUUUCCAUUGAAGUCCCUCUGUUGAGGCUCAGAGGGAUGUUUUUGUUGGUUUAUUUGGUUUUUAACUCAUCGCCUGUAAAAAGGGAAAACCUGCAUUGACCCUAGGAUGAUACAUACACUUAUAUCUAGCAGAUAUAAGAGGAGGGCUAGACUGGUAGAAGCAAAGCACCCAGUCCUUCAGUGAGACUGUGGUACCCGCCUCCCUGCCCUGCAAAGCAAUAAAAACCUCCCAUGAUUCAUCCUCGAGCUCCUCCCUCGACGUUUCCAAUAGACAACAGUGUUUCAGUUUGAAGGCGAUAGCAGCACCGCAUGCCGUCGAUAGCUUAGGGCAGUUAUCCUUGCCCAGGUUCCACAGUAUAGCAAUACAGACACACUAAUUUCCAUUCGUAGCAGUGUAAUUUCUUUUCUUUUCUUUUUUUUAAUAUACUAAGAGUGCCAGAUGGGAGUGUUUUUACCCCAUCUACUCACGCCAGUGACAGGAAAGAUAACAAUUAAAUUGAUUUUCCUGUAACUGUCUAAACUUUCUGCUAAUCAAUAUGUCCAAAUCCUUCCCAUGUGGAAUCAAAAGAUAGCGAAAGAAGCCCUGCAAAUACUUUUUUGACCUGCUUCAGACGAGUGCACUGGUCCAUCAUUUUCUGGCUUGCGGAAAACAUAAUAAGAUGACCCUGGUUGCUUAUGUAACCACAGUGAAGGGCAGCUUUCUUAUUUCCAACCAGCCACCAUCACCCUUUGAGCACACGGCACUGACGGUUUAGAGAACUUCUAGGUUAUGUGACUCAUCACACAAGGGAUCACCUGCCACCCCACUGUUUGGACCCUUUUUCAUUUUGAUAAAAGGUUUCUAUCCCCCCCCCCCCCCCAAUCUUUGAAUUUUUAUUUAGAUUUUAUUGCCAGACUUGUUUGGUUUGAUUUUGUUUAACAAAGUUGGAGGCAUAAAGUGAGUUGCAUGUUAAUGGGUGGCAUCAGAGCAGGGUGGCAUCUAUUUAACUCUGUACCUGUACAUGCUCAGUGCCCUAAAUCUCGCUCAGGUACUUCAUGAGCCGCCUCAAACCAACGUCGAGCAACUGCCAGCCUCCCCAGUGUCUGCAGCGUGAUGGACAGGUGCGGUCAGUCACAGUGUCACUCCACAGAUCAUGGAAAUUGUGGAAGUAAAUGUCAUUGUGGUGCUGUUUGAUAAAGACGCCUCUUUUAUUAGAAGGGGGGCCCUGAGUUGUUUUUGUUUUUUUUUUUGUGCAGGAUCACCGUUGACGUGCCUCUUCUUGGGGCUGCAGCUUUGCUCAUUUAGCUUUUUUAUCUUCUUUCUCUUUCUGUUUUUGUAAUUUUAAGGUUUUAAUUCUGCUGGCAUUUUGUUUGCCUUAGCCUCAGUGAGGUGGAGGGGUGAAAAAGUGGGGACAGCCUUACGCUCACACACACACACACACACACACACACACACUCACUGCACUUAAAUCUUUUUCCCGCCAUGCUCGCUUUCAUCGGCAACGUACCCCCAACAGCCGCCCCCUUCUUUCUUUCCUGCCACGCCCACCUCACCCCCCUCUGCAUUAGUCCCGAGCUUUGCUUUUCCCCGCAGAAGGAAUGGACUGAAAAUGAACUGGGAACACACACCAAACAAUCUGUAUAAGCGGCUGCAGUUGCAGUCACCACAUUAGUCCCCACCAUCACCUCAUCACUGAGCUCUUUAGCGCUCUCUGUGGUUUAGCAGGCCUCAACUGCUUCACCGGCUCAGCCAAAAUAGUGCAUUUUGGCGUCGGGCCAUUUGCUCAGAAUCACAUUCAUCUCUAAGUAUCCUGCUUUGAGUUUUAAGAUUUUAGAUCUGACGAAAAAGAAGAGACUUUAACAAAGUAGUAAGAAAGGAAAAAUGAAAACAAUCAGGUUUGUCUCUGUGACUUUAGACUGACUGUGGUUUAUAAGACAGGAGAUGAAAUCAAUGAAAUAAACCAAAUACAACACCGGA